AUGAAGAGUGUUGUAUCUCUGCUGGUGUUGCUGCACUGCUGUCUGUCUGGGGCCCAGGUCCACAGAGAUAGAGAUGGAGUCAGUGGGAAUGAGAUCCAGCAGGUUGACUAUGAGGACAGAGAGAGCAGAGGGAAUGACAUUCAGGCUGACAAACAGAGAGCUGAAGCUGCAGCCUCAACACACAGCCAGCAAACCUGCCAGCCUGACAUCCACACUGUGCUGAGAGAGAUGAGCAACAUGAUGGCGGAGCAGAGAGUUGAGCUGAGUCACACAAAGACUGAACUGGGAGCCAUGGAGGCCCGACUGACAGCCAGUGAGAGCCAGGUGGAGGAAUUGAAAGUCCAGCUGAAAUCCAAAGUGGAGGAACUGACCAAGAGGAAUGAAGCACAAGCAGUGAAACUAAUCUCCAUGGAGACUCGUUCUAACAUCACUGAGAGCCAUGUUGAAGUUCUGAAGAGAAACAGUCAAGACAGGAAGGUGGCUUUCUCAGCCUCACUGGCAGCACCUGGUCAACACGGAAACACUGGACCCUUCAACACUGGAAUCACCCUGGUCUACAGAAAUAUCUACUCAAACAUUGGCAAUGCUUAUAACCCCACUACAGGGAUCUUUACAGCACCAGUGAGAGGACUCUACCUGUUCAGGUUUUACAUCUAUGGAGGGGGUGAUAGUUCAGUUCCUACAACUGCAGCCUUGCAUAAGAAUGGACAUCUAAUAGCUAGUGCAUAUGCUGUCCAAGCUAGUGGUGGCAUUAGUUCCUCCAAUGGAGUGUCAGUGGUGCUGGAGGUAGGAGAUGUGGUCUACAUGCAUCUCUGGGCUGGGAGAAAGAUAUAUGAUGUUACAAAUCGCGUCAGCACCUUCAGUGGUCAUCUGCUCUUCACUAUGUAA